CAAAAAACAACAAAAUUCAAAGUGUAUGAAAAUUCUAAAAACCAUUAAAAUUUACCUUCUCCAUGGAAAUUGGCGUUGCUUUGAACAACGAACUUGAAGUUCGGAUCUCGGAGGCCUUUUGCGUGUUUGACACUCAUGGGGAUAAGUACAUAGACACUCGCAAUGUGGGACAUGUUCUCAGAUUUUUGGGCUGUGUGCCGACUGAGAGGGAAGUCAACGAGGUCAUUGCAGCCACCGAGUCCACAGAGUACCCUGGGGAAUCGCAGCUAACAAAGUUUAUGGCCCAUGUCUCUCAAAUACUUAUGGCUGGCCAAAUGAAGCCAUCGUCGACUGAAAAGCUGUUCGAGGCAUUUCAGGUACUGGAUCCAGAAAACCAUAAAUAUCUUACCAAAGAGUAUUUCGGAAAGCUAAUGCUGGAGGAGGGAGAUACUUUCACCGAAGAAGAGCUUGAAGACAUGUGGCCUGUGGCCAUUGAUCCGAUCACUGGAAACAUUCCCUACACUCUCUAUAUAAACCAACUAAAGCACAAGGGCCCAAUCUAUGAGGUGGCUGCUGCGGUGAAGGCGGAGAUGGCUCAGGCAGAACAUGGACGUAAGAAGUAAAAGGCAAAAAAAAGCAAGCGUUUUGGCCAGGAUCAUUAUGUUUUAAUAACAAAU